UCAUUUAGUUCGAUUUUAAAUUUCAACUGAUUAAGACGUUCUUUCUCUUAUACUUGGAAAUUUGUUUAUUAAUUCUGUGGCAUCAUUGGACAUAUUCUGUGUAAUUAUUUUCAUAAGACGCGAAUAAAUUAAAUAUUUAUAAUAUUUUUUAAUUGCCCAAACAAUGCUAGACCAAUCAAUAAGAUGAAUAAAUAAACAAAAAAGGAGGCAAAAAAAGUUGUUUAAAAAAAUUUAUGUAGUGUGAUGUCGGUGAUUACGUUUUAAUUUAAAUAUUUUGAAUUUUUUUCUAAACAAUUACGUGAAAACGAGAAUUGUGUUAAAGGUCGAGGUUAAUUAGAUCAUAGACCUUGUUGUUCCGUAUCGACAUGAUCAAAUCUGAAGAUCACGUAGAUUCAAGUAGUUCAAAUCUUAUGUAUCAACGAAAUUUACCAUCGAAUAUAAUGCCAACCUCAUCUAUACCACCCAUGCAAACGAUGCUAUCCACAUCCAAUACAGAGGUACUGGACAAUUCCGGUCAUUUGGAUGAAAAACCACCGCAUCAUUUAAUCUACCAUCCGAAUAUAAUGGAACAUAUUAGUCAAAAUGAUGAUAAACCAUCCUACAUGAUUCGAUACAUUAAUAAUACAUCGCCAAAUCACAAUUCGCAUAGUUCCAUAAUGAGUCCGUCUAUUAGCAGUGGAGUGCCAAAAAUUCACAGUUCUAUUAUAUCAACAUCACCGAUCCGAAAUUCGAUGACACAACUGAACUCAUCAAUAAGCUCAUUAUCAAUGACUGGAUUGCCAACAUCCACGCCUCACAUCAGUAGCGGUACCGCAUCUACGAUAAAAUACUGUAAUAGUUCACCGUCGGUGGAUACAUCACAUAAUGCGAGUAACCUAUCGCCAACAUCGUCUACAUCAACUACCGUCGGCUCAAAUAGUAAUGUACAAAUGAGUAAUAUUGGUGGAUCCAUGGACAUAUCGUACAACAGUAAUGCGUCCAAUAGUCCAAUGCAAAAAUCGUCGUCCUCUCAUCACCAACAUCAUCAUAUGGAUUCGCAAUUGAGCACACCCGACACCACUAAAAAGUCAUCCGGAGGCAGACGAGCCGAAAAACCACCAUUAAGUUACAUCAAUAUGAUUGCCAUGGCUAUCAGGGAUUCGCCACAAAAAAAGCUGACUCUUAGUGAAAUAUAUAAUUAUUUGCAGAAAAAAUAUGAUUUUUUUCGCGGUCAGUACGUCGGUUGGAAAAAUUCGGUUCGUCACAAUCUUAGCCUGAACGAAUGUUUUGUAAAAAUUCCAAAGGGCAUAGGUCUCGGAAAGCCAGGCAAAGGACAUUAUUGGACAAUCGACUCGAAAUCCGAGUACAUGUUUGAGGACGAAGGUAGCUUGAGGCGACGACCAAGAGGAUUCCGUCGAAAACAUCAAAUGAAAUCGUACCCAGGCCCAAGUGGAUUUUAUCCAUCAUCAAACGGCUAUGAUGGCGCAUCGAUUCAGGAAUUACAAAAUUGCUAUCCACAGUCAUAUGACUAUGCAUAUUCACCGGCAGCCACAUACGCUGAAUCAUGGAAUUCGUAUGCAGCGGAAGCACAAUAUUCAAAGAUAUCACACGGUUCUAUGCAAGAUGGCACAUCGUCACCAUUACAAGGAGCAAAUGGAUCGAUAGAUUAUCCCGGCUAUCAAUACAAUCACAGUCCAUACGUACUUGAUGGAGGUUUACGAAUGGCCACGCUAACACAAAUGCCUCCGCCGACAACAUUAUCACCAAUGCCACCACCACCUGUAUCGAUGACAACGAGCGGUGGCGUACUGUUGGACCGCAAAGGAAGUUAUGCAUCUUCUUUAUCCCCUCCACUUGCAUCACACUCACCUUUGCACCAUACAAAUAUUAAUGGUGGAUUGCCGACACCGUAUUACGAACAUAUUAAAUAUUCAAAUUAGACUAUUAUGUGUGACUGUAGCCUCAUUUUAUUCAAUGCGGUUGCCAUUCGAUUGGAUGCAACAGAAUUGAUUUCGGGAUAAUUAAGUAAAAUCCUUCAACUUA